GAGUAACAGUUUUCUUCCUCUGAGUAUUGUUUCCUCUUCGUUGAUGAGGACAGGGUAAAUGUCAGUCUUCACAGGAUGUGUGUGGUCUAGCAUGAGAGAGAACUGGCAUUUCCUUUGCUGUCAUCGUAGAUGACAGUGUUAAGAGAGCAGUGAUUGGUAGUCAAAUGCCUGCUGUGCUGGGCCAGCAGUCUGCAGAGUGGCCACUGCUCCUGUGACUUGGGAGGAGAGACAGUUCCAGGAAAUACUCAGUUCGAUUGGAGAAUUGAAACGGCACCCAAACAGAGCCAUUGUUUGACUUUCUUCUUCAGAACCCAUGUUUUCACAUCUUUUUGACUGUGUCCUGCUCAUGCUGCUACUGCUUACAAGUUCUUUGAAAGGGGCAUAUGUGUCUCAGGUGGGUCAGAAUGCUGAUCUGCCCUGCACCUACUCUCCAGCUACCACUGAGAAUCUCAUGCCUGUGUGCUGGGGCAAGGGACCCUGCCCUGUGUUUGAAUGUUACAGUUUGGUGCUCAGGACUGAUGGAAGGAGCAUGACCUAUCAGACAUCCAGCAGAUACCUACUAAAGAGGGAUUUGCACAAAGGAGACGUGACCUUAACCAUAAAGAAUGUGACCUUAGCUGACAGUGGGACCUAUUGCUGCCGGAUCCAAUUCCCAGGUCUAAUGAAUGAUCGAAAAUCAAACCUAGAGUUGAUCAUCAAACCAGCCUCAUCCUUACGUUGGUUUCUGACUUUAGCCAAGGUCACCCCAGCUUGGACUCCAUGGAGGGACAUCACUACAGCCUUUCCAAGGAUGCUCACCACAAAGGGACCGGUCUCAGAGAUACAGACACUGGAGACCCUCCAUGAUAAAAAUCAGACGGAAAUAUCCACACUGGCUACUGAGUUACAAGACAUGGGUGCCACCACCAGAACAGGCCUCUACAUAGGAGCAGGAGUCUCUGCUGGGCUGGCUCUGAUUCUUAUCUCUGGUGGUCUAAUUCUCAAAUCCUCAUCACUUUAGCCAACCUUUCUCCUUCAGGGUUGGCAAAUACAGCAGCAGAGGGGAUGCACCCAGUGGAAAACAUCUAUACCAUUGAGGAAAACGUAUAUGAAGUGGAGGAUCCAUACGAGUGUGACUGCUCCGUCAACAGUGGGCAGCAAUCCUAACAACCUCUGGGCUGCUGUCACCUUUCAACGCCACCAGAUUCAACCACUUCAUUUAGGGGCUUGGUGUUGUCUUCUUUGAAGACAUGAGAUGGCUCAGCUGACUGAUUUGAGACAUUCUGCCCUUGGCCACUGAGCAGAGUUUUUCCAUAUUUUAAAGAUAACUAGCUCACUUGAGGAUUGAACUGGGACCUGUGUGGUAAUACACAGGCACUACAUUGCCUCUGAGUUCCAUCCACCCAACUCAGAGACUGCUAAUUGGGACAUUAGCGCUCCAGUGGGCUUUUACAGAGAGUAAGAAUUCUUAAUAUGGGAUCUCCGGAAUUCUAGAUAUUCAAUUACAUGGUGUGUCCAUGAAACUCCUGAAAAUACAGGGGAAAUUACAUGCUGAGAUAUAUGUGUGUCUUUUUCAAUACAGGAAGUCUAAAGGGGUCACUGAUUCUCAAAGAGCUCUGUGAUCUAUAGAAGGGGUUAGGAAACUACUGGAGUAGGACUAGGUGGUUUUGAUUCCCUCAAAGCCUCAAGGUUUA